AUGUUGGCUGCCGAUAAGGACCGGCUGGUGGCCGCGCUCAAACAGAACGCGCUCGCGCUGCGACAGAAGGAGCUCGACUACUACGUCGAGCGCUACUCCAACAUUGCGACUCAGGCGUCGAUCGUCGCCGGCUUUGCGUUUGACUCGCUCACGGUCUACUACGGCUCUGCGUCGCUCACCAUGGCCCUCGCCCUCUACACGGUGUGCGUCGCCAGCUUUGCGACGGUGUACGGGCACCGGCUCGCGCUGCAGGGGCCGACCGGCUCGGUCGAGCGCGCGGUGGCGGUGAUGAUGAAGCAGCGCCACUCCAUCUUUGUGACGUAUGGCCUCUCGCUGCUCUCGCUCGUCGUCGCCGCCAUCACCAUGUCGUGGAUCAAGAUGGGCGUCGCCGCCACCUUUGUCAGCGGCAUCUUCCUCGCGCUGCUCCUAGGGCUCGUGCGCAAGCACCAGCAGAUGAAGGCGCUCUUCCGCAUCCCUCAGGAGCACAUGGUGCAGGGCGACGUGCGGCUCUUUGCAGGCGCCGAGCACGUCGACGUCUCGCGCCUCGAGGCGGGCUUUGGCGAGGCGGCCGAGAGCGAUGCACGGCUGCCGCUGCUGCGCCAGGCGGCGCCGGAUGCGACCGGCACGCAGCCGCUGCGCUCCGGGACGCCGCCCUGA